AUAGAAUGAAAGCAAAGGGGAUCGUCUAAGAAGCGGCAGCAAUGGAGAGUUGAUGAGAUGUAAAGCAUGUUGAAGUACUCGGGUGUCACCAUGACCGAGUAAGGUUCAUUGAAGCGGAACAAGGACAACAAAAGACGGAAAUUGUCUAGGAGAUUCUCCGGAGGUUUGUUGGCUGAGCUUCAUAUGCGGAGGCAAGUCUCUUGUGUGGCGAACAACAGCUCCUUUGACAGCACAAAAGGUAGCUCAGUAUGAGUCGGGAUGCGUGGACCAAGAAGAAAGCCAAUGCCAGUGGGGACAAUGGUUGGGCUGAGAGGGGGGGCUACAUGGCAGCCAAGGUGUCAAAGUUGGAGGAGCAGUUCAAAAGUGAUGCUCCCCGGGAGAAACAGAAGGAAAGCACUUCCAGCAUUUUUAAUGGGGUGGCGAUCUAUGUUAACGGCUACACAGAACCGAGUGCGGAUGAGCUCCGCAGGCUGAUGAUGCUGCACGGUGGACAGUUUCAUGUCUAUUAUUCCCGCUCCAAGACCACUCAUAUCAUUGCCAACAAUUUGCCAAACAGCAAAAUUCAGGAGCUGAGAGGGGAGAAAGUCAUCAAGCCUGGUUGGAUUACUGACAGCAUUAAAGCAGGGCGUCUCCUCCCUUACUUGCACUAUCAACUGUACGCUAAACACAAAGGGCCGCUCUUUCCGGCAAUGAAGCAGCGUCAGACCUCAGAGACCGCUGGACCCAGUCACAGUCAUUCCAGUGUUCCCAACCAGGAGACCUCCAACUCCUGCCAGAAGAGCCCCUCAUCCCACCCACAUCGUAGCCCCUCAGCAUCCUCUCACUCCGACCCUGAGCACAGUCACUUUAGUGUCGAGCCGAGACACUGCAAUUCCCACAACUCACUAUUGAAAUCAAGAUCCUUAAAGCACCCACUUUUAGGAGUCUUGUCACCUCAUGCUCUUCAGCCACAGAGUGCAGACCAACCUGAACCUCAAACCCCCGGCAGUACGCGAGUGGAAAUUAGAGUGAAUGGAUCAUUGCAAACCUCAACAGCAGACUUGAUACCAGAGUGUAUCAAAGCCCCUUCCCCACUCACCAAUGGACACACUCUUCUUUUUAAUGGUGCCUUAAAGUCAAAAGACCUUGUUACAGACAAACUUUCUGUUCCCAAGGACCUGAGUGAAUGCAGAAUCAUGAGCCCUGAAAGAAUAGACAGUUCCCCAAACAAACUAGAUCCCUACGAGUUCCCCAACAGUCCUCCAAAGCAGUCCGACCUGCUGCCUCUUUGUCUCGAGGAAUCAUGUUCAAAAGAUGCACUAAAAUCACCGCAACAAGUCGACUCAAAUCUCGACAAAAUUCCUCAUUCCCCGACGUCUCAUCCGCAUGCUCCCGUGCGUCUGAACGGAAGUCACCAAAAUGCCUUUUCAUCCCGCCCUGCCUCAGAAAGCCACUCAACAGUCCGACCUCAACCCAAUGCCGCGGCAUCUGGAUCUGCGGCUCAGCUGCUGGCUCAGACUGGAGGCCUGAUUUCGGAGUAUUACGCGCACUCACGUUUACAUCAGAUCUCUACGUGGAGGACAGGCUUCUCUGAGUACGUCAAUGAACUUCACAGCAAGCGAAAGGCCACGGGCGGUGCGUCCUUUCCAGGCAAAGAACGACUUCGGAAAUUGGUUUCGCAGCGUGCGUUUACAAGCCAAGCUACACCGACACAUUUUGCAGUUAAAUCCUGCAUCCUCCACGUGGACAUGGAUUGUUUCUUUGUGUCUGUUGGUAUCCGAAAUCGACCUGAACUCAAAGGUAAGCCUGUUGCUGUGACUAGUAACCGUGGCCAUAUGCAUGUGCCUUUAAGACCAGGGGCCAACCCACAGUUGGAGCAGCAGUACUACCAGAGGAAACACUCUUUGGCUUCACCUGAUGAACAGUUUGAGUAUUUACACGAUGCUACUUCACAAGAAAGUGCAGAAAUACAUGUAAAUGGAGUCGACCAGGACGCUGCUCUUUCCAUGGCAGAAAUUGCAUCCUGCAGUUACGCUGCAAGACAGGCAGGUGUGAAAAACGGGAUGUUUUUUGGCAAAGCCAAAAAGCUGUGUCCCACUCUGCAGUCUGUCCCGUACGACUUUGACGCCUACAAGGAGGUGGCUCUCACCAUGUACGAGACGUUGGCUGGUUACAGCCAUGACAUUGAGGCUCUGAGCUGUGAUGAACUACUACUGGAUGCGUCUGCUCUCAUAGCUGAGUUGGGUGUCGACCCGGAAGAUCUGGCUAAAGCCAUUAGGACAGACAUCAAGGAGAGGACGGGAUGCUGCGCUUCAGUUGGCAUGGGGUCCAACAUCUUGUUGGCCCGUCUUUCAACACGCAAGGCCAAACCAGACGGGCAGUACUUCUUAAAGUCAGAGGAAGUAGACGAUUUUAUCAGGGAUUUACCAGUAACCAGCUUGCCAGGUGUCGGGCCUGUCAUGGGCAAAAAGCUGGCAGCUAUUGGGGUCAAGUCAUGUGGGGACCUCCGGCAGGUGUCUCUGACUCAGCUGCAGAAGAAGUUUGGACCCCGCUCAGGACAAACAUUGUUCCGCUUCUGCAGGGGUCUCGACGACCGGCCUGUACGCUACGAGAAGCAAAGAAAGUCCGUUUCAGCAGAGAUGAACUACAAUAUACGCUUUAAAAAGAUUGAUGAGGCUGAGGCUUUCCUAUCCAACCUUUCCAUGGAAGUGCAGCGACGUCUUAAAGAAGCUGGGCUGCAAGGACGCAGAGUGACCCUCAAGGUUAUGGUCCGCAAGGAAGGUGCACCCCAGGAGACGGCAAAAUACGGUGGACAUGGAAUAUGUGAUAAUUUUGCCAAGACAGUGAUGCUAGCACAGUCCACUGAUAGUGGCCAGGUGAUUGCAGCUGCAGUCAUCAAAAUGUUGCACUCUAUGAAGCUGCAAGUGAAGGACCUUCGAGGCCUAGGCAUCCAGGUCCAGGUUCUCGAGGGAAGUCAUUCCGCUCAGAACACCACCACCGGCCUUCGAACACGCUCUAUCAAGGAUAUGUUGUUCAGCCAUACGUCCACUAGUAGAGAUGCUGGUGACAACAACAGACAUCAGGAAGAGACACACACUAUUCAAGCUGUAUCGCCUGGACCCGUUGAGGAUCCUUACUCUCCAAAUGCAUCGGUUCCAGGAACAAGCAAAGAACAUAUAACAUGCAGACAAACGCCAAAACACCCUAGAACACGCCUCAACUUCAGUAUCGAAAUCCCUUCACCUUCACAGGUGGAUCGUUCCGUGUUGGAAGCCCUACCCGCAGAACUGAGAUUACAAGUGGAGCAGUCGUGGACUUGCAGAGAAGGCAGACAAACAAACCACUCUUGUCCAGCAAGUCAGCAACCUUCGAGUCCCAAGUCCCGGCCUGUCUCGCCUCUCUGUCCUCCUGCUGCACUGAACAAACCACUUGCACCGCCUGGAACAUUAGUGCUGCAGAUUCCAAAUCAGCCGGACAGUCCAGACAUCAUUUUGGAACUGCCCAACUACUCCCAGGUUGACCCAGAUGUUUUUGCCGCUCUUCCCAAAGAGCUUCAGGAGGAACUCAAGUCUGCCUACAACCGUGCUGCUAAUAACCAGCCUCAGACAAAAAUGUUGGAGCAGAAGAAUGCACUUUUACAGCUGAAGCAGUCAGUAGGAGUUGGCGUCGGACGAAUGAAGCGGCGAUAUAAGAGGAAGAACACAGGAAGCCCCGCCAAAAAGGGCCCAUCGCCUCAAAAGAAGUCCCGCACAAUUAUCAGCCCUUCCAAAACCGGAGCGCCCUUAACAAAACUCAAGGAGCCUAUGAAUGUCCUGAAGGCUGAAAAUGGUCCAUCCACGUCAUCUUCAAAGGAGGAUGUCCCAGAGCCGUUGCCCAAAUGCGUCCUUCGCCCUUCCCCAGCUCUGGCUGGAGCCUCUGAGCUUCCGGAUAUCAAAACACUGUUACGAGAAUGGGUGACCACCAUGACAGACCCCAUGGAAGAGGACAUCCUUCAGGUGGUGAAAUAUUGCACUGAUUUAAUCGAAGACAAAGAUCUAGAGAAGCUGGAUCUGAUCAUAAAAUACAUGAAGAGGAUCAUGCAGCAGUCGCUCGAGUCCGUGUGGAGCAUGGCCUUUGACUUCAUUGUGGACAAUGUGCAGGUGGUUGUGCAGCAAACCUACGGUAGCACCCUGAAGAUCACAUGAACAUCUACGUGCCCUCUUUUUUUUCUACAUUUAACAACUGAAUCGGAGAUUAAUCUCGGUCAGAUUUAUCAACGUGUUUAUGAUUUCUUAUACAGCAUGAGCCAAGAAAGCAAUGCAAAAGCCAUGAUUGUAUUCAAAAUGAUUUCGUAUACAUGCAGCGUUUUCUUGUUUUAAAAACUUCAACUCAAAUGUAGAGACCUUGCAUUUAUCUGGGAAUCCAGUGGAACCUUCAGUAGAGCACAAACUCCUACUUGUCGCGUGUUAAAAAAAAAACAUUGGCAAUAAUUUUACCUCGUGGUGUUUUGCUAAAAUUACAUUACAUAUUGCACCUACAUUUUAAUUUUUUAUUAGUAUAACUGGCUGAGCACCAGCUCGUUUGGCAAAACUCAAGGCACUACUAUAGAAUGGAAGUCAUGUGUAAUAAAUGCAUUUCUGUGAGCAUCCGCUUAGUUUAAAACCCCUCAAUGCCUGCAACAUGAAGCAAUUGUCAGAGAAUCCCAAAAUUUAAAAAAAUAAGGUCCUAAUGGUACUUUUUUCAAAUUUGUAGAAAAAAAAAUCUAAAUGAAUAUGUGUAAUAAACGCUCUAAUAUCUAUAACCCUAGCUAAAUCCAGUUUUUUUUUUCUCAUGGAACCUGCAGAUGCAUGUGUUGACUUGCAUCCAUCAUUUUUUUUUUUUCUAAAUUCUAAAUUAGUCUCAAAAUAAUGAAGUUCUGAGUGUAUCAAAUGUGAUACACUAGGCUAGAAGGGGUUAAUGAACAUUAACUGCUCAAUCAGGCAGUUCUCUAUGCUGUAAUAGUUUUCUGGUCUGUUUUCGUCUUGAAUGCUGACAUCGGAAACAUCUCUUUAGUCCUGUAGAUGCUCACUGAGCUCAAGUCUGACACAAUCAACAGAUUUUUUAGGCAUAUUUUUUUGCAGAAUGUUUGGGUUUAACUCUAAAUCUGACUACUUUUGGAGGUUCCACUGUUUUGCUUAUUGCGGAUUAAAAAUCAUAUUCGCGUGUAUCUUAUGAUAUUCACAAAAAGAGCUAAAAACGCCAAGAAAGUUUUUUUUUUUUUAAGUGCCAAAUCCUUCUCAUUAUUGUAAAUAGUGUUUCUUUUUUAAUGGCUGGUUUGAUGGAAGUAAAAGGUUUACCUCUUGUAUUUGUUUACAUAUAGUCAAUUCUUAGUAACUGUAGACCAUUCUGGUCUUGGGAAAGAAAAGCACUUAAGAGGCGAACUACUGAUUGUCACUCUAUUCCGUAUGUUGCCUCUACAUUUAUUUUCCUUUAAGUCCUUUGAGAUGUAAGUUUGAUCUGAACAAUGUUACAUUUUUAACUUUGUAGCCCAAAUUUGUAUUGCAUUCAAGACCUGAAGUUAGCAACCCUUCAUUAAGAAAUAUUGUGCGUGGCUAAGGGAGAAAAAAUCUAUUAUGCAAACCAAAUUUGUGUAGUAUUUCCGGAUAUGAAUGUUUGAGAAGGGUCUAUUUGCUUUUUUUUCUCCCCUCCUUGUUGGUGUGGUAGUGAGAGCAAAUGGGCCUGAUUUUAGAACGGGCCAAGUUGUAUCUUUAUGAACACGGCUUGUGCCUGAAGACCUGAAGCUGUGAAAGUUUUCUAAAGCUUGAUAUUAAUAAAAGGUACCUUCUAUUUUUAUUG